AUGAGCAAACGCACCUUGUACUCAACAUGGACGCGCUUUACGUCGCUGGACGAGAAGAAGCAGGACUGCAUGGCUUACAUCAAUAGCUAUGGACCCUACAUCAGCAUGCACGCCUGGGAGAGCGUGCUCAAGCACAGGCGAGGGCCGGGGGCGGGCCGCGGCUUCGUUGUUGUUGAUCUCUCGACCGAACGCGACAGAUCCUCUGAUCCAAAGGAGGAGAGCGAGACGCGGAUGGCGUUCAUCCCCAUCAACCAGUUCGUUGAUCACGGGUGGAUCAUGGGCAACGAGAACCUGCUCAACCUGGUGCGCACAUACGAUCCGCAGUCGACCUACGUGUGCCUCUUCACCGACGGGUUCGAGUACACCGAGACUGGUCAGGAGCUGCCCGUACUCCUCCUCUCCAUCGACGAGCAGACCAAGCGCGAAGUCGAGUCCAUGCUCAAGAAGGCCGGCGUCGACCUGGACAGCACCGCCGCCAGCACCAAAGAGGAGAAGAAGGCCGAGCCCGUGGUAGUCGACGACGGCACGCCCAAGUGUGCUGCGUGUGGCCGCAAGGAGGAGAGCGAACAGGACAAGUUCCCCGUGUGCGGUCGGUGCCGCCAGGCCAAGGUCGCCCGUCCAGCCAAGUACUGCUCGCGCGAGUGCCAGCAGAAGGACUGGCCCAACCACAAGCGUGUCUGCAGCAAGUAA